AUGUCAAGGCUAGACCUGGCCGAGGUCAACUCGACGCAGAGAGGCAAAGUUCAUGGCCCCUUCUUCUUCGAAAAUCUUGUGUGCCAAACAAACCAUAUGUUAACGUCGAAGGGAGUUUUCUUGGGCAGUGACCCUCUCAAAUACUCUAUGCCACUUCUCUUGCUUCAAAUGGCCGCCAUUAUUAUCACCUCAAGAAUUCUCUUUCGCCUCCUCAAGCCCUUGAAGCAAGGCAUGAUCUCUGCCCAAGUCUUGGCUGGUAUAAUCCUAGGACCAUCUCUCUUAGGCCAAAACAGAAGUUACAUGGAGAUGUUCCUUCCCAUAAGCGGCAAACUCACUUUACAAACGGUCUCAAACGUUGGUUUCUUCAUGCAUCUCUUCUUACUCGGCCUUAGAAUCGACGCUAGCAUUCUACGUAAAGCAGGUUCCAAAGCCUUGCUCAUCGGUAUAGCCUCCUACGCCUUCCCUUUCUCCCUGGGCAACCUCACCGUCCUCUUCUUGAAAAACACUUACAAGCUUCCACCAGACGUUGCUCACUGCAUCACCACAACGAUCUCCCUCGGUGCAAUGACCUCGUUCCCAGUUACCACAACCGUCUUAGCUGAACUCAACAUCUUGAACUCUGAUCUCGGAAGAUUAGCCACAAACUGCUCCAUUGUCUGUGAGGCAUUUAGCUGGGUGGUGGCGCUUGUUUUCAGAAUGUUCUUAAGGGACGGGACACUCGCCAGUGUUUGGUCUUUCUUUUGGGUCUCGGCUCUUCUCCUCUCUAUCUUCUUCAUCUGCAGACCGUUGAUCAUCUGGUUAACGGAGAGAAGAAGCGUCUCGAUUGAUAAAACUGAUGAUAUCCCGUUCUUCCCGGUCAUAGCGGUGUUGCUGAUAAUAAGUUUGGUCUCUGGUCUCGGCGUGCAUGCGGCGUUUGGAGCGUUCUGGCUCGGUGUAUCGCUCCCUGAUGGACCUCCUUUGGGGACAGGGCUCACGACCAAGCUGGAGAUGUUUGCGUCAAGUCUUAUGCUCUCGUGCUUCAUCGCUAUUAGUGGUUUGCAGACUAACUUCUUUGUGAUUGAACAGAGCCAUGUGAAGAUCAUUGAAGCUGUGAUCCUUAUUACCUAUACAUGCAAGUUUGUAGGAACUGCAGCUGCUUCCGUACAGAUCGGAGACUCACUUUCUUUGGCGCUGUUGAUGUGUUGCCAAGGAGUUAUUGAGAUCUACACUUCUGUCAUGUGGAAAGACGAAAAGGUUCUAAACACAGAAUGCUUCAACCUCAUUAUCAUCACGCUCUUAUUCGUAACGGGCAUCUCGCGGUUCCUUGUUGUCUGUCUCUACGACCCGUCGAAACGCUACAGAAGCAAGAGCAAACGAACCAUCCUCAACACGAGACAACGAAACCUACAGUUCCGUCUGCUCCUAUGCGUUUACAACGUAGAUAACGUACCUUCGAUGGUUAACCUUCUAGAAGUUGCUUACCCUAGUCGCUUCAGCCCUAUCUCCGUCUUCACGCUGCACCUCGUCGAGCUCAAAGGCCGAGCCCACGCGGUGCUCAUGCCGCAUCACCUCAUGAACAAACUCGACCCCAACACGGCUCAGUCAACGCAAAUAGUCAACGGGUUCCAACUUUUCGAGCAGCAGCACCAAGGAACCCUAAUGGCUCAGCAUUUCACAGCUGCGGCUCCCUUCUCUAGCAUCAACGACGACAUUUGCACUCUCGCACUCGACAAGAAAGCUGCUCUCAUCGUCAUCCCGUUCCAUAAACAGUACGCGAUAGACGGAAACGUCGACCACGUGAACUCUGCCAUACGUAGUAUAAACCUUAACGUGUUGGACAAGGCACCUUGCUCGGUCGGAAUAUUCAUCGACCGAGGAGAAACAGAAGGGAGACGCUCUGUCCUCAUGAGCCACACGUGGCGAAACGUAGCUGUGAUAUUCAUCGAAGGCCGAGACGACGCUGAAGCCCUAGCCUUCUGCAUGAGAAUCGCUGAGCACCCGGAAGUGAGCGUCACGAUGAUUCACUUCUUACACAAGAGCUCUCUCUACCUCAACCAACAAGCAGGUGAAGAAAACGAAUACUCAGAGGCUCAUCUUAUAAACGACUUCAAGAACUUCUCACUCAACAAGCCCAAAAUACAUUAUAGAGAAGAGAUCGUGAGAGAUGGCGUGCAGACCACGCAAGUGAUUAGUGCACUAGGGGAUACAUACGAUAUGGUGGUUGUGGGACGUGACCAUGACCUAGAUUCGUCUGUGUUGAACGGGCUUACGGACUGGAGUGAUUGUCCUGAGCUAGGUGUGAUCGGAGACAUGUUUGCGUCUUCGGAUUUUCAUUUCUCGGUUCUUGUGGUUCAUCAGCAAGAAGGAGAGGCUCUUGGGAUGGACGAUAGUUAUAAAUUACCAGAUUCGCCUCCUAGGAUUGUGGAUCCGAGAGUACACCCACGUUUCUCUGUCGAAGAAGGGUUUACUUCCAUUGAUCUUCAUAAUAACCGUUAA